UGAAAAUUGCAUAGCACCGCUCAGAGGAACCUUCCUCUUCACUUCCCAAAACCAUCUCCACAGUCCACCAUUCCCGAUAAAAACCCUCUUUCACUACUCACCCGUCUGAUUUUCUCCUAAUUCUCAUCUUUCUCCCUCCGAUUUCUCUCCCCUUUUUCCUCUGAUCAUGGAUGAUAACACAAGUGGAAUUUCAAAGGGCCGUGCUCCGUCCAGCUAUGCUCUUAGUGGAAAAGUUAUGCUGAGUUCAGUUGUUAUUCUCUUCACUGUUGUUGCUGUCAUUGUUUUUUUCCAUUCUUAUGCCCGGUGGUUGCUCAGUCGUGACCGGACUAGACGUCACCUCCGCCGCCGUAGCCGUAUCCGCUUUGACUCGGACCGCACCACCGCCGUAUCCGCCGUCGACGGUGUCGUUGACCAGGGUCUCGACGUCUCCAUCCUCAAGUCUCUUCCGACUUUUGUCUACUCAAAGGCCACUCACGGCCCAAUUUUAGAAUGCGCCGUCUGCUUAUCGGAGUUUGAAGAUGACGAGAAAGGCCGCGUUUUGCCGAAAUGUAACCACUGCUUCCACAAUGACUGCAUCGACAUGUGGUUCCACUCUCACUCCAAUUGCCCACUCUGCAGAGCCCUUGUUCCGCUCCACCUUCCAUCCCCGCCCGAAACAGUCGUACCGGUUCUCGAACCAGCCGGAACGGAGACGAUCUCCGGAGCUUCUCCCCGGUGCCCAAGGGAUGAUGAUGAAAACGAAACGGGUCCAUCUUCUUCAUUGACUCCGGGGACGUUGACGCUGUUGGAGUGCCCAAGGAAGCCACUGGAGCUGGUGGGUAUAACGGUGGAGAUGCCGGCCAUGAGAGCAGGGGGGUGUAGAGGCUUGGAAGAGGUGGAGUUGGGAACAACGGAGAGCCAAUCGUCGAAGUCGCCGGGAAGUCGGAUCCUGUCGUUGAAGAGGAUUUGGAGCACAUAACACAAUCUUUGACGGAUCGAAAGCUGAUGAUAUUGGUCUGCGGGUAUGGACGAAAACUUCCAAAAGCGUUUGGUUCUGGAGUAGGUGGCAGUUGUACAGUAGAACGAUUAGGAGCCAAACGUAUCCCCUAACACAGAAUAGAUAGAAUCAAUUUUUUUUUUUCCCACUGUAAUUUCCUAAUGUAAUACUACAAAAAAGGGGUCAUUUUCACAAUCAUUUGGUAAUUUGCUUGUUCAUCCUGCCCGGAUAGGAUGGAUGGAACGUGGGAAUAUAAUGAGCAGUUGAAUAUUGGAUGUUCCA